AUGAACGAGUGGCAGAAGAAAAGCCCUCUAGAGUGGGAAACGUAUUUGAACAAACUGGUGAAAGUUGCUGUAAUUGAGAAACAUGAAUAUGAAGGAUGGGUCUUAACAGUUGAUCCAGUUUCUGCCAGUAUCGUCCUUGCAACAUUCCCGGAGGAUGAAAGUGUGUCCAUAUCGGUUGUCUUGGGCCAUGCUGUCGAGGAGGUAGAAAUACUGCAAGAAGGGGAUGAUGAAAUGGAGCAACGGCUUUCCUGCAUAUUUGCACCUGAAGAAAGCAAAGCCUACAGCCCAGAGGAACUCGAAAAGAGGAAGAACAGCUUGAAGACUUGGCUAGAAACGAACCACAUCCCCAUAACAGAGCAAGGUGAAUCAGGAAAGACGCUAUGUGUGGCAGGCGUAUUGACUAUUGACCCACCAUAUGGCCCAGAAGAGUGCAGCAGCUCCAAUGAGAUUAUUCUGUCUCGCGUUCAAGGCUUGAUACAGGGCUAUCUUGAGAAAAACCAGUGA